AUGCAGGAAGAUGUAAUUCGUGGGCCUAUUGCCUCUAAUAUUGCCCUUCUUUCAGACAUUUACUCAGAUGUAUCUCUUUUUUGUGGAAAAAAAGUUCGACUUUUAGGAUGUGUUUCAGAUUAUGAUCCAGUAUCUUCAAGAGCUCUUAUUUUCCACUCAACUUAUGCGAUUGAAGUGGAUGUUUCAUUUCUUCUCUCCAAUUUACGAUUUGAUAUUGGUGACUGGGUUUUUGUUAUAGGAAUAAUUGAACAAGUAUCUAUUAAUAUGUCAUGGAAACGCUUUUCCCUCUCGAAACGUAUGUGCAUAAUAGAGGGCUAUAUUUUAAAAGCUAUUCUUUUUUGGAGUGCAGGAAACAUUGAUGUUGAUAAAUAUGAAAGAGUUGUAAGAAAACGAUUAGAAAAUUGA